CUGCGCCGCCGGGGCAGCCCAGAGCGCGGCGCGCAAGGGCACCGGCGCCAGGGGCCGCGCACCUCGGGGCCGCGGCGGGCCCGGGUCCAGGCUCGCACCGGCGCUCUCUAGCCGCGACCCAGCUCAGGCAGCCAGCAUCCCGAGCCCGGCCCCUCCAGGCGUCGCCCUCGGCCCCGAGCGAGGAUGAGCACCCCGGGCCAGGCAUGAAGUCGCCUCCCAACUUUGUAAAGACAUGACUGGAGUGUGCCUGUGCGUAGCGCGGACAGGGAGCUGAUGCGGAGAGUCGGCCCGCUGCCCUGCCUCCUCCUCCUCCCAGGGCCGCCGCCGUCGCAGCCUCGCGCGGGCACACACACGGCCCUCCGGCCGCAGUUCCGCGCUCCGGCCACGGGCUUGGAUGCGAGUUUUCCUUUCCGAAGGAGACAGAGCCCGCGUGGAGCGCUGAGGGGGGCUCAGCCUCCACCCACGCAUCGCUAGUGCUGUCACGAGCGGGCUGGCCGGGAGAAGGGACCCGCUCGCCUAGCUUUGUUGUGGAAAUCCGGUUACCUGACUUACCACCUAUCAGAUGGAUAACUUAUUGCCUUGCCUUGAAAGAAUCAAUAGUGCCAUUGGAUAUUGAUUAGCGUGGCCUCAGGGCUCUCAGAAUGAAUGGAAGGUCAUGUGGCAUGAAUCUCCACCGGACAUCAAGAACCCCACAGGGGCCUGGGCUACUCGGUGGUCAGCAUAUCCCUCCCAUCAGAGCCCACGCAGGCACUCCCUGCUCCUCUUCCUGUGCCAGCACGCCGAGCCCCAGUAUUGGAAGUCUUGCUAACAGUCUUCACCUCAAGAUGUCCUCGGGAGCAGGGAUGGCUCCUCAGAGCAACAUGGCCGCAAGCCCCAUCCAUCUGCCUGCCCUGAGCCCCAGGAGACAGUUACUCGCCAAUGGGAAGCCUCAGUUCCAGGUCACCCCGGCUGGUGUCAUGGCAGCACCACACACUAUAAAGCCCAAACAGCAAGAAUUUGGAGACCCCUUCUCUCCAAAUCCCGAGAAAGGGGCUCUUGGCUUUGGGCCUCAGUGCAAGUCCAUUGGAAAAGGCAGCUGCAACAAUCUAGUGGUCACCAGCAGUCCCAUGAUGGUUCAACGACUGGGACCCAUUUCACCUCCAGCAAGCCAGGUCUCCACAGCAUGCAAGCAGAUCAGUCCUAGCUUACCGAGGGCAGUGAAUGCAGCCAACCUGAAUAGACCUCCUUCAGAUACCAGGUCCGUUAUUUUGCAAGAGUCUCUGGUGUCCACGACUUUGAGUCUGACAGAGAGUCAAUCAGCCUUGAGUGUGAAGCAAGAGUGGUCUCAGAGCCACAGAGCCUUCCCUUCACUUUCAUCCAGCCACAGUUCCCAGAAUGGCACGGACCUAGGGGACCUUCUUAGCUUGCCUCCGGGCACGCCAGUGUCUGGCAACAGCGUCUCCAACUCGUUGCCACCCUACCUUUUUGGCAUGGAAAAUAGCCACUCUCCUUACCCGAGCCCUCGGCACUCAGCAACCAGGGCCCACUCCACCCGCUCUAAGAAGAGAGCACUGUCCUUGUCGCCACUGUCAGAUGGCAUCGGGAUCGACUUCAACACUAUCAUUCGUACUUCACCCACAUCCUUGGUCGCCUACAUCAACGGACCAAGAGCCUCCCCAGCCAACCUGUCCCCACAGUCAGAGGUCUAUGGGCAUUUCCUGGGUGUUCGUGGCAGCUGCAUCCCCCAGUCUUGUGCAGUGGCCAGCGGGCAGAAAGGCGUAUUGGUUGCCAGUGGAGGGCAUACGCUGCCGGGUUAUGGAGAGGACGGUACACUGGAGUACGAACGCAUGCAGCAGCUUGAGCAUGGUGGCCUGCAACCCGGACCUGUAAACAACAUGGUGUUGCAGCCCAGCCUACCGGGCCAGGAUGGCCAGACAGCCAACAUGCUCAAAACAGAGCGCCUGGAGGAGUUCCCCGCCAGUGCCUUGGACCUGGCCCCCGCUCUGCCUCUCCCUCUUCCUCCGCCUCAGGGCCCCCCACCCCCAUACCAUGCCCAUCCACACCUUCAUCACCCAGAGCUCCUGCCUCACACCCAAUCGCUGUCCCUGGCCCAGACUGGCCUGGAAGAGGAUGGGGAGAUGGAAGACUCAGGGGGGAAGCACUGCUGUCGUUGGAUAGACUGCAGUGCCCUUUAUGACCAGCAGGAGGAACUGGUGAGGCACAUCGAGAAGGUCCACAUAGACCAACGCAAGGGGGAAGACUUCACGUGUUUCUGGACUGGCUGCCCUAGAAGAUACAAGCCUUUCAAUGCACGGUAUAAACUGCUGAUCCACAUGAGGGUCCACUCCGGGGAGAAGCCCAACAAGUGCACGUUUGAAGGCUGCAAGAAGGCCUUUUCCAGGCUGGAGAACCUCAAGAUUCACUUGCGGAGCCACACGGGUGAGAAGCCAUACUUGUGCCAGCAUCCGGGCUGCCAAAAGGCCUUCAGCAAUUCCAGUGACCGUGCCAAGCACCAGAGGACACAUCUUGACACUAAACCUUAUGCUUGUCAAAUUCCAGGAUGUACAAAGCGCUACACAGACCCAAGCUCCCUCAGAAAGCACGUGAAGGCACAUUCUUCCCGAGAGCAGCAAGCAAGGAAAAAGCUACGGUCUAGCACUGAGCUCCAUCCAGAUCUCCUCACAGACUGCCUCGCUGUGCAGCCCCUGCAGCCAGCCACUUCCCCUGGAGAUGCUGCUGAUCAUACCGUGGGGCACUCCCCAGGGCCGGGGCCUGGGCCAGGGCCUGGGGCUGAACUCUAUUCAGCUCCCAUUUUCGCCAGCAAUCAUUCAACUCGAAGUGGAACAGCUGCUGGGGCCGGGCCACCCCCACAUCCUGUCAGUCACCCUUCUCCGGGACAUAAUGUACAGGGGAGCCCCCACAACCCCUCCUCCCAGUUACCUCCACUCACAGCUGUGGACGCAGGCACUGAGAGGUUUGCACCUCCGACUCCAUCUCCUCACCACAUCAGCCCGGGUAGAGUUCCAGCUCCUCCAUCACUGCUCCAGAGAGCACAGGCUCCCCACUCCCAGCAGCCACCAGGCUCACUCCUGAAGCCCUACCAGCCAGAAACGAACUCCUCUUUUCAGCCAAAUGGUAUCCACGUCCACGGAUUUUAUGGCCAGCUGCAGACAUUCUGCCCCCCGCAUUAUCCUGAUUCCCAAAGAACUGUGCCACCCAGCGGCUCCUGCAGUAUGGUGCCUUCCUUUGAGGACUGCCUGGUCCCCACGUCCAUGGGUCAAGCCGGUUUUGAUGUUUUCCACAGAGCCUUCUCAACACACUCAGGCAUCACAGUGUACGAUUUGCCUUCAGCUUCCUCAAGCCUCUUUGGGGAAUCUCUUCGCAGUGGCCCUGAAGACCCCACGUUCUUGCAGCUCAGCGCUGUGGAUCGCUGUCCUAGCCAGCUCUCCUCUGUGUAUACCGAAGGCUGAAAGCUCCCGGGGUUCUCCUGCACAUUUGGGACCUUUGAGUAACUCGUCGCCUCUUAUUUUCAUGCUCUCACAAGCCGUGUGAAGAACGUCAACCAAAUCCAUGGAGCCAGUAGGGUCGCUAGGACUGGAUAGUCAGACCUGGCUUUCAGAAAAUUUUGCACCUCUUCCAUCUUCUCAAUUUGCUGGGCCAGGUGACCAGCAGGAAUUUCUUUUCAAAGGGAAUUUAGAGUCUCACUUUAAGGAUGCCUGUUACUUCCAGGCUGUCAGCUCUCAAAAGACACCAAUGAAUAUGCACAAGAACGGGAUGACCCUUGCUAAAGACUCAGAGAAGACAGCCGAGCUACCAGAGGCAAAGUGUGCCCAUGCUCUUUCGUGUGGCACAGUGAUGCACAGCCGUGAACGGUGGGGGAAAUCCAUGUGCAGAGCACGUUAUGCCUUGGACUCUCUCCAACUCUGGCUUUACCAUUUGUCUUACAUAGCCCAUGCUAACUAGUUACUCUUCAGUUGCUUCUCCAAUGGCAAAAUAAGGUUUUAUAUUCAGUAACCUUCCUUGGUUUUGAACUUUAAAGACUUGCUAUUUACAUCUACUUUUAAAGGAAAAAUAUUUAAAGGUUUAUUCUUUUGAUAGAAGUCAUUAGCAUUUUUAAUCAGUCCCGGGUACGUGUAUCUUACCACAGCUGUAGCAAGAGUUUAGUAGUUUUGCAGUUUAGUAAAGGUUAUCUGAGGGAAACAGAAGAGUUCACACACACACACACACACACACUCACACACACUCACACCUGCGUCCAGGAUUAUUGCAAGAAUCCUCAUAUGCUGCGUAUAGGGGUAUAUACCUAUAAUCCCAGCACUCAGAAUAUACUCUGAGUUUGAAGCUACCCUGGUCUACACAGUGAGUUCCAGUCCAGCCAGGGCUAAAUAGCAAAGCCCCAAGAAAAAUACCUCUCAUGUAUGAUGGCUCAGUGGUUCCAUCUUGGAAACCUUUCCAUUUGAAGGGUUCAUGCAUGGCCUUUGCUCCAUUGCUCUGCCUGGGACAAAACAGGGUUCACAUUGAGUCACAUGUGUGGGUUUGUUCAGAAAGCCAAACUCGGGGCACCUCUUGUCCAGUCCCUCUGUGGUUCUGCUCAGUUCCCUGAGGUGAUCCUGUCAUCUGCCAUCUUCUGUACUGUUCUGCUCCAUGUUCAUACACACUCUCUCCCUUUUUCCUGAUUGUGGUCAGAUACACUGACGACCUGCCACAUUUUAUCAACUCUCGGGAAGGUUCUAAGAAGGCAGUGUUAUGGAACUCUGCUUUGAAGGCCUAGAAUUUUUCACAGAGCCUAAAACUGUGAUGAGCCUACAUAGACAUCAUUUUCUAGUGACAUUUUUAGAAAAACACUUUAAAAGGCCCCGUGUCCUAAGGGAAAGGAUACACAAAUAGGCCAAGACUCCAAAUAACGUGGUCAGUUCCAACAUUCUGGUCCACUCACAUUGUAGAAUUUUUUUCUCUUUAAAAAGGUUGUUUUAAAUAGAACUAAAGCAGAAUUCUUCAUGAAACUGGGCUCAGUAUCUCUUUCAAUGAGGCAGUUAAACAGCUCAAUGUCAGAUGUGGGUCCUGAGACUGUAUCCUCAUAGGCAGGCCUGUGAGCCUGGCCCCAUCAGAAGAGUUCCCCAAGUGUCUUGCUUCCUUCCAAGAUGGCACUGCAUACUGGAUGGGAAGAUGAAGAACCAAGUGUGGGUUCUCUCUCUAUCUCUCUUUUUGUCUCUCUCUCUCUCUCUCUCUCUCUCUCUCUCUCUCUCUCUCUCCCUCUUUAACAGCACAUUGGUUGGUCUAGUGUUGCCAAGAGGCCAUAUUCUUGGGGGGAAAACUAUCUUGCAAGCUUCUAAGUAAGUCACAAGACUUCAAAUUCUCUUUGUUAUUCUGAGAUUUAAGGAAGGAACCCUGUCAGUCUUCCUCAGCAGGUAAGCUCUCAAGCUGCUAGAAACUACCACCCUUCCAGAGCUCCUGUGUUGUCACACUUGGUCAAAGCAUGAACACAUAUACUCCAACACUGGUUUAUGUGAUUGCAACCCUCAUUUGACCUCUGUCACCCUCUAAAAAGAAGAGAGACCCUACUCUCAAAAGAAGCAUCUAUCCAUUCUUAAGUCCUAAAGCUUUUACACAGCGCCGCAAGCACAUUUCAUUUGGAUGAUGAGGAAGGAACAGAUGAGAGGCACCGUGGUCUUACAACGAAUCUUUUCUACUCUGUCUUAUGGAUUUGUUAAGGAAAGAGAAGUCAUAGCAAGGAAUGGAAGCACAGACCAUGCAUGACAUCUCUCCCUGUAGUGGAGGCAUGAGGCCUGGGAGCCAGGCUUUGCACUCAUGGUGGCCUUCCAUGUGACACUGCUUUUCUGGGUCACCUAAGUAGGAGGGAUCCAUGGAGAACCUGUGUCAUCAGGGCCUUCUUACUAGUUCAGACCUACCCCAGAGAGACGUUCUUGCUAUCAGAAGGCAUGAGCAGAGCUAGGUCCCAUGUAGCCCCUCAAAGGCCGUCUGGAAUAUUCCCGAUAGCCACUGGUCUGGGGACAGGGCCUAGAGUCAUGACACAUACUGGCUCCUUCAGAGUGGUAGGUUCCAGACUUUCUCCUCAGUAUGAAUGUGUUCUUGGCUUGCUUUGGCCUUCACAGUUCCAACUGUAUUUUGAAACAAUGAAAGCAGAGCUUGAAAACAUAAUUAUUCCCUUCCAUUCCUAGACCCUUUUAGCCCUGAUGGGUAGCCAUUUUCAUAAACAUCCAAACGGAAAUUGUCAUUCCGCUUUCAAAACAAAAACAAAACAAUAAAGACUAGUGCUCCUGAAAACAUACACAACCCAAAGACAAUUAUUUUAGUCCAUAAAAAUAAAAAGGUCAUUAUGACUAGAGUCAUAGCCUUCAUCCAUUGUCAUAACUCCCUAAAGGAACUACUUCAAAGCGUCACUUGUAAUUUACUCUCUGAUCGGCACACAAAUGCCAUUUAAAUAUUCCCUGGGCCUGUGAGAUAUGGUCCCUUACACGGGUCUCCACCACGUGACCCAGGUGAUUCUUAAGUGGAAAACAAGGUAUUUGGUAGACCUCAGCAGAAAGUCUCCUGACAAGAGUGUUGCUUACAUUCAGUGUCCUCAAGUGACCAUCUGCCAAAUGUACUAGCUCAGUAAUGCGAGCUUAGAACAGGGCUAACCUGUCUCCCUGUCCCAGAGCUCGUACCCCCUUCCCAUCCCCUAUUGGCCUGGAAGUAUUGACAGUGCUCAGUUGUAUUACUUGGUGUUUGAUUUGAUUUGACUUGUUUGGAUCAAUGUUGUUAUUGCCGUGGAUAAAAUAACAGAGACAGAGAAAACCAAACACAUUGGAGAAAAUGGCGCGUGUUCAAAUGAAGAGAUUUAUUUUGUACAGACAGAGAAGCGUCCUCGGUAAUGUUGCUGACAUAAAGCACUUUGGGGGGGGGGGGAAUCUGUUUUCCAUGAAUCACAUAGGCCCUUGUACAUUGUUCUAUCCACUCAUGUAGAGAAAUGAGCUGCGUAUAUCAUACUGGAUAUGGGGCCAGUUUGACGGUAGGAGCACAUGUGGUGCUUAUUGUCGUAAAUCUUUUAAGGAAUUAGGUACACUUUUUUCUAUUAAUAUGUAUAGUUUUACGAUUUGUCACAGUUAUGUUUCAUAUAAUCAUAAGUUAUUUUGUCUUGUUUCAUGAAGUCCUUUUUUUUUUUUUAAUGUCAAAAGUAAAAUGAAGGGAUUGUAUACUUGGCACAAAAUAAAACUGGAAAUCGAGGCUGCCCCUCCCGCCUGAAGCGCUCCUUCAGCGCGUCGGCUUAAAACACAAUGGUAACCGGUGUUGUUUGUUUGUUUGUCUCAUUGUUCUGUUCUCUUCUGUCACCAGCCUCCUCUGUAUUGGGGAUGGUGAUUAUAAUUAAAAGCAGAUGCGGGGGGGGGGGGAAGGGGUGUCCAAGGCCAGCUUUAAAAUGCCGCAUCGCUUUGGGCCAGAACUGAAGCCUGGAUUUAAUUAUAGAUAUGAGGACGAAAUGGCAGUAAAAAUGAAUGUCUCCCUGAAUCCUUUACAUGUUGGGAGUGUCCAUAAAUAAAACAUGAAGUUUUAUUUCAUCACAUUUAAUUAAAGCUUUUAUACAUGUUUUA